AUGUUAAUGCGUUCCGUAUUACUCUGCAAUCUAUCGAAAAAAAACCUCUCUGUUGAUCUCAUCCUAUGUGUCAUCAGUAAAGUCAUCGUACCGCUUCCUCACCUUUCUUGCCCGUCUACUCUUCAGCGCCUCCUGCCCUGCUACUCAAAUCAGAUGGUCUCGUCGGAUCAGUACACAUCCCCUUUGUCCGUAUCGAAUGCAAUUAUGGGCACACUGAAACUCUGUCCGUACUGUUUGACCAAAACCACACACCCGCGCCUCGGUCGUGGUGAGAGCUAUGUGUGUGGCUACAAGCCGUAUCGAUGUGAAGUGUGCAACUACUCAACCACUACGAAGGGGAAUUUGGCCAUUCAUCAACAGUCGGACAAACAUUUGAACAAUAUACAGGUCAGCGUGCGUCUGUAUGACAGGAUGCGAACUCGAUCUAUAUGUCUCGGUCGAAUGCAAGUUUUAGCUUUAGUGUUUUCUCCGAUCACUACUCCCUUACAUAAU